AAAUGACUCUUUCAAUCACUUGCUGUGGAAUUCGUUCUUUCAAAAUGUAAAGAAAAACGAGUAUGGAGACAUAGAAACAGUGAAGAUGCAUGAUCUUGUUCAUGAUCUUGCACAACAUGUUUCCAAGGCCGAAUGCUUAACCUCUGUUGAGAACAGAGAGGUUGAGGAUGUUACUGCUACUUCUGCUGUUAAGGACGAAAAGGUUGAGGAGUUGACUGUUACUUCUGAUGUUCGACACUUGUCUGUAUACGCUCCAAAUUUACCAAAAAUAUUAGAAGUCUCAGAAUCAUAUGAGGCGAACAAGCUGCGAACAUGCCUUUUGUGGCUUAGUUUUGAUGAUCUUAUGCAAGUUUCCGACUUACUUGAAGAUUUUUCUGUUCAAAUGCUUUUGAAGUUUAAGUGCCUGCAUGUAUUAGAUUUGGUGGGCAUCACUCAGUUGCCAUCAUCAAUCGGAGAGUUCAGAUUAUUAAGAUACCUAGACCUUUCAGAGAACCAAUGUCGCACAUUACCCGAGUCAAUCACCACUCUCUUUAAUCUACAGACACUAAGGCUCUGGAAUUGCAGGAAGCUUAAAGUGCUUCCCAAAGAGAUGAGAAAGCUUAUUAACCUGAGACAUCUUGAUCUAUUUGGAUGUAUUAGCUUGCAGGAGAUGCCAAUCGAGAUGGGGAGAUUACGUUGCCUCCAGACGUUACCCAUGUUUAUAGUGGGUCGGGACAUUGGACAAGGUAUUGAAGAGUUGCAACACCUAACAAACCUUAGAGGUCUAUUAGCAAUUACAAAUCUCGAGAACACCAGUAGUGCAAAGAGAGCCCAGGAUGCAAAAUUGGAGGACAAGCAGAAUAUCCAGCGAUUGGAUUUGGAAUGGUGCAGGACAUUCGGUAGCAACACUAAUGAUGAUGUGCCUGAUGAUGAUGUACUGGAAGAGCUCCAACCACACCCAAAUUUGAAGGGGUUGCAAAUUAGUAAUUUUUGGGGCAGUAGAUAUCCUCGGUGGAUUAGGGAGAUUGACUCAUUUCUUCCCAAUUUGGUCGGAAUAUCUCUCCAUGGAUGCUUGAGAUGGGACAAUGUUCCCACACUUGGUCAUCUAAAAUUGCUUAAGAUUCUUGACCUACAUCAGAUGAAAUUUAGACGUAUCCAAUUCCAUGGAGUCAGCAGCAGUAAUACUGGUAGUGUAGGUGGUGGUGACAACGAAGCAACAACAAACACAUUGUUCCCAUCGUUGAAAAACUUGUGGCUGACAGACAUGCCUAUGUUAAGACAGUGGAUGGAAGCUUCUACCUGCUCUUCCUCUUUCCCUUGCCUUGAGAAGUUAAUCAUCAAGAAGUGCCCAAUGUUUACAGUGACACCAAAUUGUCUGCUUCCUUCUCUCAAGAUAUUGCGGAUUGAAUCUUGCAAUGCCAGGUUAUUAAAUGAAGGAUCAUUUGCAGCCAAUCUUACCUCUCUUACUUCCCUUCAAAUAAGUGAGUGUGAAAACCUUACAGUUUUACAGGAAUGGCUACUGAUGAACAACAAAAAUUCCCUCCGCCAUUUGACCAUAACAAAAUGUCGCAUGCUGGAGGCUAUUCCCAGGGAAAAGCUACAAGUCCUUACAUCUCUCAAGAUGUUGAGGAUAAUUGAUUGCCGGCCUAUGCCUGAUAUUUUAUGCCUGGAAGAUCUUCAAAUGUCGGAGAUCAGAAAAUGAUCUUGAAAGAUUGAGAGCUGGGCAAAGAAUUUCGGCUAUCUAGAGUCGACGGAGCUGUCAAUAAGGCUCUCCUCCCUACCAUCCCCAUGUUAGUUCACAGACUCCUUGUAACGGUAUCAGUUUUAGAUGCGUUAUAGGGAAAACUAACGUGUCAUGCAGAAGGAGCCCUGUUGACAGCCCAGGCUGUCACAUGGACAGAAAGAGAUUUCUCGGGUUUUCUCGUGUUCAAAGGUCACACACUGCAAAGAUCUGUUAAGCGUGUCCUCUCCAUCAUUUCCCACUUUCCUUCAUUUUGUAAUGAUUGCUCCAUUGGAAGAAUCAGAGACUCAGAAUAUUAAGCAACGCAAACUCUUAUUUGGCAGCGCAGAGAAACAGAGAAGACAGAAGGGAAAAGAAACGAGGCUA